AUGGCCUCACCCAAAACCGUCAAGGAUGUUCAAAAACUCACAGGAAGGAUAGCAGCUUUAAACAGGUUCGUCUCUAGGGCUACAGACAAAUGUCUGCCCUUUUUCAAGACUUUGAAGCAGGCUUUUGCCUGGACCGACGAGUGCGAAGCGGCGUUCCAAGAACUAAAGCGUUACCUGAGCAGCCCACCUCUCCUAAGCCCGUCCAAAAAAGGGGAAAACCUAUACUUAUACCUGGUAGUGUCAGCCUCGGCAGUAAGUGCAGCCCUGAUCAGAGAAGAGGGCAAGAAGCAGCUCCCGGUUUAUUACGUCAGCCAAGCCUUCCAAGGAGCUGAGUCUAGAUACCCAAGGAUCGAAAAGAUUGCGUUUGCGCUAAUAGUAGCCUCGCGCAAGCUAAGAACAGCGAUCAAGGCGCAAGCUCUGGUGGACUUCAUCGUAGAAUUCACUCUUUCAGACGAAGAUAGGAUUACCGACGGGGUAGACAGAUGGACAAUACAAACUGAUGGUUCGUCGGCCCAGAGGAAGGGGGGAGUAGGAGUCGUCAUAACCACCCCUGACGGAGAAGUGCUCAAAUAUGGGGUCCAACUAAAAUUCCCAGCCACCAAUAACGAAGCUGAAUACGAAGGGAUACUGACAGGACUGAGGCUUGGGAAAGCUCUUGGUGCUAAAAACUUAUUGAUCCAAAGUGAUUCAAAGCUAGUGAUCGAACAAAUCAGGGGAGAGUACAAAGCAAAGGAAGAAAGGAUGCAGAAAUACCUCAAACUGACGAAACAUCUAACUCAGGAGUUCGAUAUAGUAGAGUUUGUGCAGAUCCCAAGAAGUCAGAAUAUGGGGGCUGACGAAGUAUCGAAGCUAGCGUCAUCAGAAGAAGGGGGGAUUAGCACAAACCUGGCGAUGGAGGUCCAGAAACACCCUAGUAUCGAAGAAAUUGUAACAUUCACCAUCCAGAGCACAGACACCUGGAUGACGCUCAUAAUAUCCUACCUCCAAGAUGGGCGCCUCCCUCAGAACACAGAAGAAGCUAAAAAGAUCAAGAAGAGGGCGGCCAUGUUCAUGAUCCUGAAUGACGCCUUGUAUAAGAGAGGCUUCUCUAUGCCUUACUUGAAGUGCGUCGAUGAGGAAGAGGCUAGAUACAUCCUGGAAGAAAUCCACGGAGGAAUUUGCGGUGACCACGCUGGCUCCAGAUCCCUGGUGAAUAAGGUUGAAGUAGAGGCUCCAGCAACGAUCACUGAGGCUCGGAUCCGGAGCUUUGUGUGGAAGAAUAUAAUCUGCAGGUUCGGGAUUCCCUUGACGAUCAUAUCAGAUAAUGGGAGGCAGUUCAACAGCCAAGGCUUCAGGGAAUUCUGUUCAAACCUUGGGAUCAAGAAUCAGUUCUCGUCCCCAGGGCAUCCUUAG